UGCCACGGGAAGCGGUGCGCAUGCGCGGGGACGCCUAACGGGGUGGGAACCCGCCGGCUCCCCGCGUUACCCCUGGAAACCACCGGAGCCUCGGCGAUUGGAGGGGAAAAGGCCAGGCGAUUCAAGAUGGCGGAGGAGCUGGACGCGCUCUUGGAUGAAGUCGAGUCCAAGUUUUGCACACCUGACCUUCUAAGACGGGGCAUGGUCGAGCAGCCCAAAGGUUGCGGCGGCGGCACCCACAGUAGCGACCGGAACCAAGCCGAGGCGAAAGAGAAUCUCAGAUCAAUGGAAACAUUUAAAAAAGAAGAUGAUCUUGACAGUCUUAUUAAUGAAAUAUUUGAAGAGCCCAACUUGGACAAAAAACCCUCUAAAUUAAAAUCUAAAUCUUCAGGUAACACAUCUGUCAGAGCUUCCAUUCAAGGCCUUGGUAAAAGUUGCAGUCCGGUGUACCUUGGUGGAAGCUCUAUUCCAUGUGGGAUUGGAACAAAUAUUUCAUGGAGAGCAUGUGACCAUCUGCGUUGUAUAGCCUGUGAUUUCUUGGUAGUCAGCUACGAUGACUGUAUGUGGGACGAAUCAUGUGAUUAUCUGUUUUUCAGGAACAACAUGCCAGAAUUCCACAAAUUAAAAGCAAAGUUGAUAAAGAAGAAAGGAACACGGGCAUAUGCCUGCCAGUGUAGCUGGAGAACUAUUGAAGAAGUGACUGACCUUCAGACAGAUCAUCAGCUUCGCUGGGUGUGUGGUAAACAUUAAGAAUGCAGACUGCACAUUCGGACAGAUGCAUCCAUGAGAGUGGUCUCCAUGAAUCAUCAUCAUGUUUAGACAAUAGUCCCUAGCAAUACAAUUUUACUGAUACAACUACAUACAUUUUUGAAGACCAAAUGGACUAAGGAAGAUAAUGUAUUAUAACACUUUGGAAUUAUUCCUGAUAUAUGGAUGUUUCACUUAGUAACAGGCAUCUACAUUCUUUACUAAUCUGUCUUCUGUUUAAUAGAGGUUUGAUUAUGGAGUUCCAUACAAAUAUCUAGUUUUUCAUUAGCAGCUGCAAUAUUGAUUGCUAAUACGUUUAGCAAAACAUUCCCCAACUUGUAGCAGUUAAAGUGGAUAAAGUCGGCCAGGGCAAAGAGGUCAUUUAGGGGUGUCUACAACACUUCCUCCAGUCAGAUCUGUUGUUGCCAAAGAUCAUAAUUUAGACAUAGCAGAAACCAGGUGAUCAGUGGCUGACUGAAGGGUGUUCAGAAGUAGUUACAGGUAUUUUGCAAAAACACUGCCUCAUAGCUGAUCUUACCUCAUCAACUCAAAGCAAUGUUAUGCACAAUUUUAAAUAUAUGUUACUAGUUUUAGCUUAUUUUUCCCUCUUUUGUUCAUUUAACUAUCAAAAGUUAUUUUCUAUUUUGAUUACCCAAUAAUAUAUAAAAAGAGUUUGAUGCACCCAAAAUCACAAAAAUCCUAAUGCAUACAGGUUAUUGUUGGAUUUUCCAAGUACUUUCUAUCCUUUAAUGCCUAAAACUCCAUCAAGUGAAGUAAACAGCAAGUAAUAGAAUUUUUCAGGCAGCCUGGGGACUUCUCUGGUAGGAUCAGGUUGACAUAUCAUUUAUUACUUGAGUAAGUGAAAAGACAAGUAAAGCAUAACUGAACCAACAGGUAACCUAUUGGGCUCCUUCCUGACAUCACUGAGAUCUGAGGAGCCCUACAAUAGCAGCACAUUCAGGAAAUCAGGUCCCUCAAAAUUUCUAGCUCCCAACUCCAUUGAGAGAUUUUGGGAGCUUUCCAAUCUGCCACAAACUCCCUGCUACAUAUGUACUGUAUAGUUCAAAUGUGCGAUACAGAGCACACUGAAAGGGAAUAAUUGAAACAAAGUUAUAAUCUUCUUAGUCUUAUGCUAAAUUUAUUCCAGCCACCCUACUGAAGGGAGGAAGAUCUGAUCAUUAGAAUCCUUUUCUUAGCCAUGACACAUUUACAUGCUUGUAAAAUUUACUGUAGUAAGUCUAGCAUUGCAACAGAAUAGAUCAUUCCAAUCCUCACACUUUGGUAUUAAGGAUACUAUGACAGACUAAACAUGGUGGCUCACGCCUGUAAUCCCAGCACUUUGGGAGGCUGAGGCAGGCAGAUCAGCUGAGGUCAGGAGUUCAAGACCAGCCUGGCCAACAUGAUAAAACACCAUCUCUACUAAAAAUACAAAAAUUAGCUGGGCGUGGUGGUGCAUGCCUGUAAUCCCAACUACUCGGGAGGCUGAGGCAGGAAAAUUUAUUGAACCUGGGAGGCGGAGGUUGUAGUGAGCCAAGGUCGCGCCACUGCGCUCUAGCCUGGACAACACAGUGAGACUGUGUCUCAAAAAAAAAAAAAAAAAAAAAAAAAAGACAUUAUGACAGAUUUUAUCUUUUAAUAAAAAUGUAUUAUAUCCCUAAAGUUAUAUCUACAUGUAAUUGAGUCAGAAACCUAGGGGGAUGUUGAUUGAAGUCGACUGCUGGAAAAAAAUAGCAGAGCAACAAGAUCCACACAUUUAGAACCUCAUAGAAUUUGGCACAUUAUUCAUAAUGGUGUAAUUCUUUUUUAUUCCAGUAAGCAAAUUUACUAAAUCACUAAUUUGAAAAAAAAAAAAAAUUUUUUUUUUUUGAGAUGGAGUGUCACUCUGUUGCCAGGCUGGAGUGCAGUGGCACGAUCUCCACUCACUGCAACCUCCACCUCGCAGGUUCAAGUGAUUCUCCUGCCUCAGCCUCCCCAGUAGCUGUGAUUACAGGCGCACGCCACCACGAAUUUUUGUAUUUUUAGUGGAGACAGGGUUUCACCAUGUUGGCCAGGAUGGUCUCGAUCUCCUGACCUCGUGAUCCGCCCACCUCCCAAAGUAACCUCCAUUGCCUCUACUUUGAAGGGACAAAGUUGUCCUGGUCUUUUUUCCCUUUUAUUAUUUCAUUAUAACUCUCCUAAAACUUACAUACAUUGCCUAUGUUUGGCAUUCCAUAACAUAAUAAUUAUAAUAAUCCCCCAAUGUCAGAAAUGUAUGUGUGAGUUCCCAUUUUUAUUGGCAAUUUAUAAGCUUUUUAAUAUUGUACUAUUUUAAACUAAAAUAUAGAAAGAAUAUUAUGUUUAUAUACAAUCAGAUAAAUUAUUAACUGUUGUAAUUUAAGCUGAAAAUGAAACUAUUUUAGUAUCAGUAUAGAAGAAAAGUAUAGUUUCUAAUCAUCUAUAAUUUUAAAAUGCGAAGCCUAUAAAACUUUCAAGAUGUUUUGCCUAUUUGUUUUUAAUAUUUAUAAUAAUUUUCUAUCAUCUUUAGCAAGUAGCUAUUUUUAAGCCAGGUAACUUGUUUAUUUGAAGUGUAUUAUACUCUCAGACCCUCAUCCUGCCUAGAAAUGAAUAAGUAAUAAAUAAUUACUCUGUAUUAUUUACUUCUUUUAUUUUAUAGUAAAAUAUUCAUUUGAAUGGA